AUGGAGGAGAAACUUCGAGAUGCAAGCCGAGAAGAGCUAUUGCAGCAUGUUCUCACACAGCGAAUUCUCAUUAGGCACUUGUACCGGCGAAUUGUAAACUUGGAAGAUGAACUUUCUAAUGUACGAUCUACAGUGACUUGUCGUUCCCCAACAGCAGCGGCAGAGGCAGCAGAGGUAGUCGUAGCCGUUACAAGUCCAAGUCCACCUCGAGAUAAUUUACCGGAGGGAAUUGCGGCCAUCGAUCGUCUUGUAAAGGCACAUUUGGCAGGUGAGAGUUUCCUCCAACCCGAAGUAGCAGCAGAGCUUAUUUAUAUUCAAAGAGAACUGAAGAAUGGGGAUACCACUAAGAAGGAAACCGUAUUAUGUGAUAAUUCGUCUUUAUUUCAAACACCAAUACAAAAGGGAAAGCGUGUAUCCAUAACACCAUCUAUCAUUAAUAAAGGUCCAAUGUUUACUCUUACUCCACAACAACAACAGCAAUCUCAUCAUCAGAGGGAGAGGCAACGUGAUAUUAGUCCUUCUUAG